UAGGAAAUCAUAAUUAUGUCAUACAAUUGUAUUCACAUUUUCUAGUAUCCAAUGUUAGCUAUGAAUGCAAACAAGUGAUCGACUAUUUGGUCAGACAUCCCAACGAUAUGACAGCACUUAAAUUGAUUGAUUCAAGUGCUGUCAUCGGCUCCGGUAUUAUUGAAGGAAAUUUGAAUUUUAUGGGACAAUACAGUGAAUGUAUUGGCAAUAGUGCCGACAUUAUUAUUGACAAACAAUUACAUAAAUUCAAUUCACAGUAUUGUACACUCAAUAUAGAUUUUUUCAACAAUCAAUCACUGCAUCCAUUAAUUGGUAUUUGUUUUCCUCAAUCAUGCAAUUCAAACGAUUUGCAAACAAUUUUUCAAUCAUCAUUGAAUUCAACAAACAAAUGGAUACAAUCUUUGGUUGCAUUUUCAUUGUACACAAAUACGAGACAAUUAGUAACAGUUGGAAACCAAUCAAUAAAUACAAUCAAUUGUUUUCAUGGCUUACGUGUUAUCAGUUUAAUAAUUGUAAUAACAUAUCAUACAAUUGAUGCAUAUACAACAAAUUCUUCAAAUAGUAUAGAAAUAAUACCAAUGUAUUCAUCAAUUGCAAUGCAAUUUAUACUGAAUGGUAUGCUUUGGAUUGAUAUAUUUUUCCUGUUAUCGGGAUUCCUGUGUGCGUACAGUGUUUUACGUGAAGUCAAACAAACAUCUGUUCGUAAAUAUGCCGGAAAUAUCUUAUGGAAAAUAAUUCAUCGCUAUAUUAGACUUACGCCGUCAGUGUUGGCAAUCAUUGGUUUCUCAUUACUAGUGGAAGUGAUGUCUUCGUCUCCGUUUUGGUUUAUAUUUGUUGACAAUAAUAAGUCGUGUCUAAAGAAUUGGUGGAAAACUAUACUUUAUUUAACUAAUAUUCAGUUUAAUAAUAAUAACGAAAAAUGUUUGGGUCAUACGUGGUAUUUGUCAGCCGAUAUGCAAAUGUUUAUAGUGUCACCCAUUUUCAUAAUACUAUUGACGUGCAAUGAUAUUAGAAAACAAUAUUUAGGUAUUGCUAUAAAUAUUUUGGCAAUUAUAGCAUCAUGGACAAUUAGUGCUCAUAUAUUAGCUAAAAAUGAAUCAACAUCCACUGCUGAUUUUAGAUUUUUUAUUAAAGAUGUGAAAAUAAUUGACUAUUUGUUUGCAUCCUAUUGUCGUAUACCUGCCUAUUGUAUUGGUAUAUUAAUGGCGUAUAUCUAUAAUAAAUUUGGAAAAUUAAACAUCAAUUGGACAACUAAUAUACUAUUAUGGAUAUUAUGUAUUGUCAUAAAUUUGGUAAACAUUUUAUCAACAUAUUUCUGGUUUUCAGGCUAUAGUUAUCACAAUUUUGGUUUUCUAUUAUAUGGUACUAUUAGUCACACCGUUUGGUCAAUAUGUUGGGCAUACAUGCUGUAUGCCUGUGCCAUUGGACAGGGAGGUAUUGUUAAUCGGGUACUUUCAUGGUCAGCAUUGAUACCAUUGAGUCGAUUAUCCUAUCAAGGAUAUUUGAUUCAAUCUGUAUUAAUAUUUAUUAUAUUAGCAAGUUUACCCCUACCAUCAUAUAGUAACUCCAUUAAUCUGGUAAUUAUUUGUUAA